CCGCCGCCGGCGCCGCAAACGGCCCACCGGAAAAAUCCAGCUCCGCAGCCGCACCGCAGGCGAUCUCUCCGUCUCUUUCUAAACUCCGCUCUGUCGCUGCGGCGACGUUGGCAUGCGUUUCUCCGCAGUAGUGACGCCGCGCCGCGCACACGAUCGUCCGCCGUGAGAAAUUUCAAGCUCUCCGCACCUAACCUCAAAAUCCAGCGAUAUAACCUCCACCUGCUGUAAAUAUAUCAAACCGGCAAGACGGCGUUCAACUCGUUUUCCUCGGGCGGCAAGAGCCGCGCUGUAGCGAGCAGCAACGGCACGUCCGGCCGACGUGCGGAAGGGCCAGCAGCGAUGACCUCGGUGAUGUUCGACACCGAGCGCUUCAUCGCCGAGAUCCAGAAGCGGCCGGUGAUUUACGAUGUCAACUGCGAACAGUACCUGGACAAGGGCGCCAAGGUCGACGCCUGGGAACAGGUCUGCGAGAUCAUGGUGCCCAAGUGGCGCUUGUUGUCCGACGAGCUGAAGAACGCCGAAGAGAAAAUCCUGAGGGGCAAGUGGAGGAACAUACGGGAUUACUUUAUGAAGGAGCUGAAGGCACAAAAGCUGCAGAAAAACAAGAUCGGCGGAAAGAAGAGGAAAAGGUACAUGUACUUCGAGCAGCUGCAGUUCCUUUUGCCGAACGCUGAACAGGCGGCCAACAAAAAGAUAGAGCGUUCGAACGCUGCACCCCAGCACAAACAGGAGGAGCUCGAUAUCGAGGAGAAUCCAUUACAGCCACCCUCCCUCAUGGAGGAAGAUUACGGAUUGCCGUUGACGCACGACAGCCUCACCGAAGACUAUCCAAAUGAGGUUAUCAACGACACGGGCGUCGUGAUUCCGAACGACCCAAUGUACUCGCAGUUUCCCAAGUCCAUUUGCGAGACCUCGAUGGCAUCGACUACCGAAGAUUACCCGGACCCCAUUAACAGUGUUUUUGCGAGUAAGCAAUCCGUAGUAGACGAGGAAGACUAUGACAAAAUGUUCCUACUGUCGUUGUUACCGAUUAUGCGUAAACUGCCCGAGGAGAAAAAGCUCGACGUCAGGAUACAGAUGCAACAAGUUAUUGCACAGGCCCUCAAGGGAAGUCAGUGAUUGUUAGGGACAGACCACUUUAAGUAUAGGAGAUUUAUGCGAACGAUGUUAAUUAUAAACGUGUUAUAUGUGCGAGAGUUUGAGAGAAUAUAUAUAUAUAUUCAAGAUGAAAUGUUUGUAUAAACAUAAAUUAUUUUUUCUACAUUCGUUACGUGCUACAGUCACUUUUCUAUGUAAUGUUUUUUGAUUAUACUUGAUGUAAUUCUGUGUUUGUACACUGACAAAUGCAUAUUUGCUGGAUAAAACUUAUACGCAAUGUUAUACACCGUCGGUCGGGAAGAAAUCGAGUCGUCAGUUUGCUUACGACGAGCAGCAAUUUACCAGAUGUCAGCACCGCGCUCGAUUUUACCCAGAUACUUUUUCAUGUGGUAUGCGAUUUCCUUGAUCGCACAAUAAAUACUAUUUUCUAAUA